GAACCCUGCGAAUCCAGACUUCUACAAUCGGUCGAACUCCAGCCCGGCGUUGUUCAAUCGCUGUGUCAUCGACUGGUUUGGGGACUGGCCACAGGAGGCUCUUCUGCAGGUGGCCGCCGACUUCACCGCAACUGGGCCUGCAGUCUAUGGCAUCCUUCCAACCCCCUUGCUUUGGCCUUCUCAUGCGCCCUCUGACACUGACAAGGCCAGCAUGCAGAUUGGUGAAGAUACCUUCACGGGUCGCUUACCUUUCAAGAAGCGGUGUCACUGCCGUGAGCCUGCAGAACUACUCAACAAAUCCGAGGAGGCUGUACCGGGGCUGGCGAGGAGAAGGACUGCAUCCCUUCACAGCAUGGAUCUGCGGAACAGGCAUGCACCUGACGAGGAUGCUCUUCGACAUCAGAAGCUGUCGGAAACGAUUGUGGCGUUCCACCAACAGGUGGACCAGACCAAUGUGGACCUGAAGAAGAGCGCCCUUAGAUACAACUUCAUCACACCUCGCGAUUUCCUCGACUUCAUCAACCACUUCAUCGGAUUGAUGACAGAGAAGCGCGACGAAGUCUUGGACCAGCAAAGCCACAUCGAUGGAGGCCUGAAGAAACUCAAGGAGACCGAGGACCAAGUGGCAAACCUGCAGAGCGGCUUAGCCGAGAAGGAGAAGAUGCUGACGGCCAAGAACAAGGAAGCGGAAGAGAUGAUGUCCCAGAUGGUCAAGGGCCAGGGGGAGGCCGAGGAGCGGAAGCAGGCGUCACAGAAACUCCAGGUGGACCUGGCGGAGCAGAGCAAGGUCAUCGACGAGAGAAGGGGGGAGAUUCAGAAGAAGAUCGAGGAGGUGGAGCCUGCCUUGGAGGCCGCCAAGAGCGCCGUGGGUGCUGUCAACAAGCAGGCCCUCGACGAGCUCCGGUCCAUGAACAAGCCCCCGGAGCACGUGAAGAUGGCCAUGGAGGCGGUCAUCCUCAUGGUCCGGCCCGACAUCCCGCCGGCCACCAUCAACUGGGAGGCGGUGCGCAAGGUCAUGCGCGAUGCAAACUUCAUCCCCAGUAUUCUCGGGUACGAUGCGGAGCAGCUGAAGGAUGCCACGAGGGAGACACUCAAGAAGAAGUACAUCCAAAACAAGGGAUGGGACGUGUCGCGGAUCAAGCAAGCCUCCCGCUGUGCUGGUCCAGUGGCUCAGUGGGUAGAAAGCCAGCUGCAGUUCGCGGAUCUCCUGAACAUGAUGGAGCCCAUGAGGAAUGAGCUUCAGCAGAUGCAGCAGCAGGCGGACAAGAACAAAGUAGAGCUGCAGGCGUGCGAGAAGGAGGUUGCAGAGAUGGAGAAGAAAAUCCAGCAGUAUAAAGAGCAGUAUGCGCAGCUGAUCACCUCCGUGGAGCAGAUUAAGCAUCAAAUGCAGCAAGUUCAGAAGAACUGCUCAAGAUCAACCCAGCUUCUUACCGACCUCUCAUCAGAGAAAGUAAGAUGGCAAGGCUCUUCCAAGGGAUUUCAGGAGCAGACGGCCAGCAUGAUCGGAGAUGUUCUGAUUUGUGGUGCCUUUUGCACGUACAUUGGCUUCUUUGAUCUCUUCAUGCGUCAGCGAGUUAUCCAACUUUGGCGAGAGAAACUGGACGAAGCCGAAAUCAAGCAGAAGGAGGAUAUUUCCAUCAUCGAAUACCUGUCCAAACCUUCCGAGCGCCUCCAGUGGAAGCAAAAUGCACUUCCGGAUGACGACCUUUGCUACGAGAAUGCCAUCAUCAUGCGGCGAUUCUUGCGAUAUCCCUUGAUCAUCGACCCAUCGGGUCAGGCGAUCACGUUUCUGAGCAACGAGUUUAAGGACAAGAAGCUCCUGAAGACAUCCUUUGUGGAGAACAGCUUUAUGAAGAGCCUGGAGACCGCGCUGCGCUUUGGAGCCCCGCUCAUUGUGAUGGAUGUGGACAAGGUGGAUCCUAUCCUCAACAAUGUGCUCAACCGGGAGACCCACAAAAGCGGGCCGCGGGUGCUGAUCACUCUCGGCGAUCAGGACAUCGAUUUCAGCCCCGCCUUCGAGAUGUACAUGUGCACCCGCGACUCCACAGCGCAAUUCACGCCUGACCUUUGCAGCCGAGUGACCUUCGUGAACUUUACUGUGACGCCUUCGUCGCUGCAGAGUCAGUGCAUGAACGCGUUGCUGAAGUCCGAGCGGCCGGAUGUUGACCGAAAACGGGAGGACCAACUGAAGCUCCAGGGUGAGUGCAAGGUGAAGAUGCGCGAGCUGGAGGAGCACCUUCUCCAUGCCUUGUCGAACGUGGAAGGCUCCAUCUUGGAGGACGAGAAAGUCAUCGCGACCCUCGAGAAGAUCAAGAAAGAGUCAUCAGAGAUCCAGGAGAAGCUGGGCCAAACGGAUGCGAUCAUGCAGGAGAUCAACGAGACCAGCGCGCUGUACGACACCGCCGGGGAAGUUGCGGCCAACCUGUACUUCAUGCUUCAGCGCAUGGGGAGCAUGCACACGCUCUACCGCUACAGCCUGGCCUUCUUCCUGGAGGUCUUCGAGGCGUCGAUCAAGACGGAGCUCAGCAAGGACCUGGGCUACGAGAAGCGCCUGGAGGCCAUUCUCGUGAAGCUCUUCAGCAACCUCUUCCUUCGAGUCGCCCCGGGCCUCCAGGAAGCAGACGUCCUGGUCUUCGGCCUGCAGCUGGCGCAGGUGAGGGCCGACAGCCUGGGAGGUUUGGCCUUUUCGAAGCCGGAGCUAGACCAGCUCCUAAAAGGCGCCGCCGUGGACGUGCUGAAGUCUGCUUCCACACCCCUGGCCGAGCAGUGCCGGGAGGUGCUGAAGCCCAAGCUGAACAACCAACAGCUGAAGGGCUUGCAGGAUCUCCAUCUGCUCCCGUGCUUCGGUGGCUUGGUGGGGAACAUUCAGGCCAAAGAGGCCGAGUGGCUGAAGUUUCUGGAGCACCUGGAGCCGGAAACCGUCAUGCCCAGCGGAUGGGAGAAGUCUCAGGAGGACUCCGAGACCAGCCGCCUCCUGCAAAAGACCCUGAUCAUCAAGGCCUUGCGCCCGGACCGGCUGAUCUUCGUGUGCACCCAGUUGGUGGAAGUGGUGCUUGGGAAGGGUUUUUUGGACCUGCCGGCCUUCAACUUGGCAGAGAUCAUUGCAAAGGACAGCAAGGCCUCGUCGCCGAUCAUGAUGGUUUCAGUGCCCGGAUUCGACCCCAGCGGGAAGGUGACGGAAGUGGCGCAGGCACAGAAGAAGUCUUUGCAGUCCGCCGCAAUGGGGUCCGAAGAGGGGUUCAAUGUGGCAGACAAAGCCAUCAAAGCAGCAUCGAAUGCAGGCAGCUGGGUGCUGCUGAAGAACGUUCACUUGGCAAUCAAGUGGCUUUCAGAGCUUGAGAAGAAGCUUUACGGCAUGAACCCGCAGCAGAACUUCCGGCUCUUCCUUACCAUGGAGUUCAAUCCCAGGAUACCCGCCAACUUGAUCCGCCUCUCCCGUGUCUACGUCUUCGAGCCACCUUCCGGAGUCCGGGCCUCCCUCCGGCGCUCCUUCGCGCAGGUCCUGGCGCCGGAGCGCACGGACCGGCAGCCGGUGGAGCGCUGCAGGCUUCACUUUCUGCUGGCCUUCCUGCACGCGGUCGUGCUAGAGCGGCUGCGGUUUUUCCCAGUAGGCUGGAGCAAAAAGUACGAGUUCAGCGACGCAGAUCAGACGUGCGGCCGCGACAUCAUCGAUGCGUGGGUUGACAGUGUUUCGAACCAGGGGCAGCUGUCCAACAUCAGCCCGGACAAAAUCCCUUGGGAUGCCAUCCGAUCCAUCCUGAGCGAGUCCAUCUACGGCGGCCGAGUGGACAACGAGUUCGACCACGCUGUCCUUAAGGCUUUCAUCCAUCACCUUUUCCGGGCAGAGUCCUUCGAUGCUGAUUUCUCUUUGAACAUGGAGUCUGCAAAGGACCAGUGCCUGCGAUCCCCGGAUGGCCGGAAACGAGAUCAGUUCCUGGAGUGGAUCGACAACUUGCCUGCAAAGGGGAGCCCGACAUGGGUUGGCUUACCGGUGCAUGCAGAGCAGAUGCUGCGCAUCAACCGGGCGAAUCACACCCUGGCGCGUUGGCUGCUCCUGCAAGGGAACACCGGGGCGUUGAAAGGCGAGAAGAAGGCCGAGGGCCAAAAGAGGAGAGCUUCCGCUCUGAUCAACCCAUUGGCAGACUUGGGAUCGAAGGUGAGACAAAUGAUCGCAAACCUGCCGGAGUCCUUGGAAGAGAUGCAGCGCAGUGCGGCGUCGCUCCAAGACCCGUUCUGGCGCUGCUACGACCGAGAGGUCGGCUUUGGGAGGUCCCUCUUGAAGAAGGUUCGACAAGACCUGUCCUUGCUGUCUGCGGCCUGCGACGGAAGUGCAAAGAGCACCAACGACGUCCGGCAGCUAAUUCAGGACUUGACGACCGACCAGGUGCCAAAGUCAUGGCGUCAGUUCGCGAUGGCAGAGGUCACUGCCACGGAGUACCUGGCGGACCUCGUGAAGCGCCUGGAGCAGCUGCGCGGCGUCGUGCAAAGCAGCUCGCUGCAGCAGGUGCAGCUGUGGUACGGGGGCCUCUUCUUCCCGGAAGCCUUCCUGACGGCCUCCCGCCAGGCGGUUGCACAGCAAAAGCAGGUGUCCUUGGAGGAGCUCAACCUCUUGGUGCAGAUAGGUGGCGCGGCUCUCUCUGGAGAUGAUGUUUUCCACAUGACGGGGCUCCAAAUGGAGGGUGCGGCCUGGGGUGAUGGGCAGCUCUCCGUGACCGACGAGCUUUCCGUUGCCUUGCCCGACACGUGGCUCCGCUGGGUCCACGUCGACUCGGCAGAGUUCAAGCAGACAUCUGAGCACUUGCGAGUUCCGGUGUACUUAAACACCAGCCGAAGCAACCUUAUCAGCGCCUUCACCGUGAAGUCGCCCAAGGAUGUGCCGAACGCAGUGUGGGUGCAGCGCAGUGUGGCCAUCACCAUCUGGACAAAGCAGUGA